AUGCCUCCUGGGCACCUUCCACUGGAGGUUUACAUAUCUGAUCUGGCCUGGAAACGCAUCGGGAUCCGUCAGGAAGAGCUGGAAAUCGUGGCUGAGAAGAGGGAUUGCCUGACGUCUAUCGGUGAUCAGGUGCCAGUGGAGACCUGGACUGGGUGCCAGUGGAGACCUGGACUGGGUGCCAGUGGAGACCUGGACUGGGUGUCAGUGGAGACCUGGACUGGGUGCCAGUGGAGACCUGGUAUGGGUGCCAGGGGAGACCUGGACUGGGUGCCAGUGGAGACCUGGCAGUUCGGCUUCUUGGAGGAAACUGGUGGGGCACCUCCCAACUUUGUCAACUCGGUGCUCACCUUUCACGACAAGCAAACAUGGAUCAGCCAGAGGCACGAGCCUGCAAACAGAAACGGAAUAGCCACACUGCUCCUGCAGCAGCAGCUCGUAUACGGCGCCUGGGCCAGGACACGUGGUGGGAACGCCGUCCGUGGCCUGCUGAGCCAAAAGACACGACCUUGUGCCGAUCUUUGCUUCCAGUCUCGCAGCUCCCCAGCCCGGCGCUCGCACUCGGUCACACACUGCGUUGACCUCUGCCUCUUGCAGCCUGGACUCCAAGCUGGCAGAGACCGACCCUUCCUGAGGACAGAGGGGAACUCUCCUUCAAAUAGCCCAAGCGAUGUGUCUCCUCUCCAUUUCCCAUUCACAGGAACAGAGAUGCCCUGCGAGGACUUCAGCCCCUCGGCCUCCGCACCCUCCUCAGUUCAUGAGCUCAGGCCAGCAGACAUCAACGUGGUGGCUGCUGUGGGAGACUCUCUGACAACAGGGACAGGUAUCGCAGCCAACAACAUCCUGGAAGUCUUGCGUGAGUACAGGGGUUUGUCCUGGAGCAUCGGUGGAGAUGACAACCUCACCACUGUCACCACUCUGUCCAACAUCUUGAAGUAUUAUAACGGCAACCUGACGGGCUUCUCUGUUGGUUUGGGCAAAGAGCAGACUCCUCAGGCUUUUCUCAACCAGGCUGUGGGAGGAGCCAAAAGCGGGGACAUACCAUCACAGGUUCGAACCCUGGUGGCGAGGAUGAAGAGCGACUCUAGAAUCAAUUUUGAAUCUGAUUGGAAAGUGAUCACGUUGCUCGUGGGUGCAAACGACAUCUGUGACCACUGCUAUAACUCUCUGCUCUAUUCUGCAGAGAAUUAUGUUCAGAAUGUCCGUGAGAGUCUGGAUUAUCUGCACAAACAGGUCCCUCGAGCUCUGGUGAACCUGAUGGAGCCUCUGCACAUGCUCCACCUGAGAGAAUUGCACAUGGACCCUUCACUUAAAUGUCCAACUUUCCUCGCGAAAAUUAUUUGCCCCUGCGUUGUUUUGCCAAAGUCCAACUCUAAAUAUCUCCAGAUGUUGGAGGAAACCAGCAGAAUGUAUCAGCGUUCGCUCCAUGAGCUCGUGGAGUCCGGCCGCUACGACACUCGCUCAGACUUCACUGUGGUCAUCCAGCCUUUCCUCAGGGAUAUCAUUCUGCCCAGACUGCCGGGUGGCCGUCCUGAUCGCUCCUUCUUCAGUCCCGACUGCUUCCACCUCAGUCAGAAGAGCCACACGCUGUUAGCUCGCUCCCUUUGGAACAACAUGCUGGAACCUCUGGGCAACAAAACUUCCGAACAGGAUUUUACUGCAGAGAUUAACCUGAAAUGUCCAGCCAAGACUUCACCGUAUAUUCGCACCUUUAACAACAGCGAUUACAGAUACACUGGUCCCCCCCCAACACCUGGACCCAUAACAGUAAGCACCCCCCGUCGGAGGAGAGGACAGGAAUGA